UUGUAAUGUAACGUACACGCACAAUUUACAAACCGAAACACCCUUGGUAUCUCUCAGAGUCUGUCAGUACUCCGUGGCAUGCUAAAUCAUUCGUAAAAUUCGUCUAUUGCGAUGAGCAGGAAGCGCGAUGACGGAGUGGAGUCGAGUGUUGUGGAAGAAGCAGCCUUACCCAGAUAACUAUGUCGGGGACUCCUUCCUCAGAGUGAGCAAAAAACGUCGUGAAGUGACCUACGGACAAGCUUUUUAUUCUGCAACAGCUGUUACCCAGGAAAUAUGCAGCUGUCUCAUCCUGGUUGCAGUAUUCUGUGGGCUUUCAGAAGGUCACAUGAAAGCUGCAGGUGUUUUGACAUUCACUGCUGUUCUAGGUGUUACAGGGUAUUUCAUUACCAGAUCUCAGCUCAGAUCUUCAGCCAGAGAUGAUAUCAAGUUAGUGUGCUUCUAUGUCGCCCUGAUCUCUUGUGCAUCACCAGUGGUUAAGAGUCUGACAGGCAGUGUCGCCACAGACACAAUUAAUGCCUGCACGACUGCAUUGCUCCUGUUAAGGAUUGUCCACCAAGACUAUGGUGCUCUUGUCGCUAUAGUAAAUCCAACUGUGUCCCAUAAUCUGGGAGUAUUUGCAUCAGUGUGUCUCGCAUCUCGACUUGGAAGUGACAGGGACGUGUUUGCCCUGAUGACACUGGCUGUGGCUUUGUUUGCCCUCUUCCCUGGCUUCAGGAAAUAUUGUAGGACUAAACUUGGAACAACUUUGGACCUUUUCUUCACCAUUGUUGUGGUUACCGUCACAGCAGCAGGCCUUUGGUUGUAUGCAAUACAUCUGAUGCCCCUCUUAGCCUUUGCUCUUGUUACCUGUAAUGGCAUCAUCCCAGCACUCUUUGUUGCUCUACAGAGACACAAGCAGAAUAUUUAUGGUCCCUGGGAUGAAGCACAGAUUGAAGAUAAGUAACAACUAUGAAGUAUGCUAAAUUUUCCAUAGGAAAUUCAUAAUGUCAUCUUAAUUUGAUCUUCACCAUAAGUAAGUUUAUUCUUUAUAAUUCCAUUGUCUAGUUUACCCAACUAUUUGCAAUGAAAAACAAUCUAGGCAAUACAACAAACAUCCAGUAUUUGAUAUUAAGUAAAAUAAUUCAGUAGGAUCUCCCUUUGGAUAUUUAUGCUUUUUCUACAGUAUAAGCUUAGAUUAUUUCAAUGAUUUGCAUUAUGAAACAUAACAUGUAAACUAUUACUAGAUAUUUUCAUACAGUUGGACAUUUGUUUGCUGUCUGUUCAAUGAAAUGCAAAGUUGUGUCUGUAAGAAUAUAUUUUGUACAAAUAGCUUUAUUUAAUGUGUACACAACAGUUCUAUGUACAGUUUUUUAAAAUUAAAUUUCAGAAAUUCGCCA